CUCACCCCUUUAAAGCUCAUUUGAGAAGGGAGUAACAGGAGAGUCAGACAGAAAGAGAGUAAGAGAAAGAGAGAGACAGAGGGUGAGAGAGCAGGAGGAGAUAGAAGUUGUGCAGACAGGGUGUGUGUUUGUGUGUGUGUGGAUUGGCAGCAGCACAGAAUACCCAAUAUGGCAGAAAGCACAGAGAUGGACCAGCUCCUGAGCUCCUUUAAAAAGUUUGCCAUUCAUGGUGACACAAAAGCCACCGGGAAGGAACUGAAUGGGAAAAACUGGGCUAAACUAUGCAAAGACUGCAAAGUGGUUGACGGCAAGAACGUCACCAGCACUGAUGUAGAUAUUGUCUUCACCAAAGUCAAAGGAAAGACAUCUCGGGUCAUAACAUAUGAGGAGUUUCGGAAAGCUCUGGAAGAACUGGCUCCAAAGAGGUUCAAAGGCCAAAGCAAAGAAGAGGCAUUGCAGUCCAUAUAUAAGUUAAUUGAAGGCAAAGAACCCACCAAUGUUGGUGUAACGAAAGUGGCAAAAACUGGUGCGGUGGACAGGCUAACUGACACAUCCAAAUACACUGGCUCUCACAAGGAGCGCUUCGAUGAGAGUGGGAAAGGCAAAGGUAAAGGUGGACGUGAGGAGCUUGUGGAGCACACGGGAUACGUAGGGGCCUAUAAGAAUGCUGGAACUUAUGAGGAGAAGACAAAGGCCAAGUAAGGCCUUCUCCAUGUCAACACAUUCGAGGCUCUGAGCUCCAUCUUCAUCAGCACUUAGGUCUGGACCAAAGCCAAACUUGAACUUUGACCUGUGGUUUACACAGCCACUAAGCAGAGUGACACUUUGACACACAGGAAGUGUUGUAAAUGUUUGUUUUUAAAGAACAUGGUUUCAUGCUCAUUUUUUCUUCAGAAGUUUGACAGAAGGGUAUAAAAUCAGGUGAAAAUCAUUAAAACAGCUAUAGGAAACAUGCAAGUCAACAUCACACUCUUUUGGACACACUGUCAGAAAAAAAAAGUAAACAACUGUACCUUUUUUGUACUUUUACAGGUAUAUAAACAUAACACAAUGUUGUACCUUUUGGGGUGCAUUACUGUUCCUUAAGGAUCUAUUUUGUAUCCUUAAAGGUACAGUUAACUGUUUUGUACCCCUAAAAUUUAACUGGUACAAAAUUGUUCCUUAAGGUACACAAUAGGUCCUUAAAGUAUAAUAUUGUACCCCAUAAGGUACAACAUUUCAAUGUGUUUUAUACCCAUAAAGGUACAAAAAGGUACCUUUUAGGGUACCACCCCAGCGACAGAAAACGGAACAACUUUGUACCUUUUUUCUGACAGUACAGGAAGAAAAAGAGACGCAAAGUUUUUUUUCUUUUCCAUAACAAAUUAAUAGGCGCUCUUAAUUAAUUGCUAUAAUUAAAUUUUCACAUGAAUUCAUUGCUAAAAGUUUAAUAAGAGCAAAGUCUUUUUGUGUUUCAUGCGUCUGUGUGUCCUAUUGUUUGCCAGAAUUAAGGUUUCAAUGUCAUAUCUUUGUUUUGUGUUAGUUAGUUUACUGUUACUGAAACUGGAACUUGCAUUUACAUAAUGUUGUAUAAACUGUUACUAAAUAUCCUUCGGUGUGUUGUAUUUUAAGUUUUGUCUAUUGUAUUAUGUUUUAUUUUAAAUAUCAAAUAAAACAUUCAAAAACACUGA